UCUCUCGGGUAGAGGAGAGGAAACUUCAACAGGACAAAAAAGAAACUUUUUUUUUCUUGGGGAAAAAGAUUUUUUUUCUGCGUUCAGUCUCGGACUUCGGAAGCCUCUGGCAGCAGCUUUCCUUUUCAUCGGCGUUUCUUUUUGCACACUAAAAUACUGUGCUACUGCAAGUAUUUCACAUCGCUCCGUCUGCUCUGUGUGGAGAUACAUCCACUUCUCUGUCCUGCAACUGAGGACGUUUUUCUUUAUGAAAACUGCAGAAAUAAAAAUAAAACACCAAAACUGUGCCUGUUUUUUAACAGGACCUCUACAUCAGAAGCAUCUCUUGCAACUUGAAUAUCUACAACGUGUGGAACCCUUCGAAAGAGGGUAUGUAGAAGGGACUGGUUUUGGGAGGUGGAGGAGGACGUGACCUCGGGAGGACACACGGGGAUCUGAAUGCUCCUGGCAGAGCUCUGGGAAGAGGAGGAGGCGGAAGAGGAGGAGGAGGGUGCAUCGCACUGAGAAAGAGCAUCCUCCCAGUCCUGUCACACAAUUAACAACAGGGCUAGGUUAAUCCUGCAUCAUUUCUGUAGGGAGAACCAAAUAAUUUAACAAAAAAAACCUCCUUGCAGUAACAUAAAAUAAGUUUGAAAGAUAAAUUAAUCACUGGAUUACAGAGAAAUAUCAUGUUAUUAUAAGGAUACUGUAGGAAUAUUAUAGGAAUAUUACUGAGAUUGUUUGCCAGAGGUGCCCAUGCACACACACACACACCCACACACCCAGGACACCCCAACCCUCCGCAGCACCAUGGAUCUCCCACCAGUCAGAGGUUUAUCUGAUGUGCCGUGAGCGUUGGGUGCACCUUGCCCCAGCCCCGGCCUGCAGCCCUAGUUCCACCUGGCCUGUCUUCCCAGGAUGGAUCCUGCUCAUUCCAUCAGGAUGGAGCUAGAUGGGCGGGACCUCCAGCAAGUCUCAGUGCUAUCACUUGACCAGAUACGCAUUAUCCGGGCCAAGAAUGACUAUGUGGAGAGGCCCGUCGCGCUGGAACCGGCAUCUCAGUCUGGAUUUUUUUAUGCCCAUGAUGACCGUUACCCUCAUGGGGGGUACACACAUCAGCCCUCCUUCCGCUCUGCCCUUCCCCGCAGCCAAAGUCAGCAGCAGCAUGCUCACCUGUCCCACCUGAGCCGUUCCAGUACCAUAAGCUCUUCCAUGUCUCGGACCAGUGCCACCUCAGACCAGCGGUUGCUGGCGGGUUUGACACCAUCUCACUCUGGUCUAAGUUCAACAGUCCAUUCUCAACCAAAAGGAGAGUUCAAGCCUGAUUCUUCCUUGGGUAAAGGCCUGACAGAGGAUGAGGCUGAGCUGGGCCUUCAUUUGUUCAUUUGUGAACGGUGUGGCCGCUGUAAGUGCCAAGAGUGCUGUGCCCCUCGCCGCCUGCCUUCCUGUUGGGCCUGUGGACAGCGCUGUCUGUGCUCUGCUGAGAGUGUUGUGGAGUACGGCACCUGCUUGUGCUGUGUUAAAGGCUUAUUCUAUCACUGCUCUGCCCAGGAUGACGAGGAUAACUGCGCUGACCGGCCAUGUUCCUGUGCUCCAGCCCAUGCCUGUGCCCGCUGGGGCACGAUGGGGCUGCUGUCGUUUUGCUUGCCCUGCCUCUGCUGCUACCCCCCUGCCCGGCUGUGCCUUGCCUUGUGCCAGUGUGCCCAUGACAGGGCCACGCGCCCAGGCUGCAGAUGCAGCAACACCAACACUGUGUGCCGCAAGAUUUCUGCUUCUAACCCUAACCCUGGCCAUCCCUCGCUCCGCAGCAAAGCUCUGGAGAAGCCGUUAUGACAGGCUUGGAUGGAAGCCAGGCAAAUCCAUCCUCCCUUAGCUGUCGCCAAAGCAACCCUGUCGUCAGUCAGCAUUGCCACAGCUGACAUUGUGACCCACAUACCAUGACAAGCCAACCAACCAACUGUGUCGUUCACCUAAUGUACCUUGAAUUUACUUCUCCAGCUCAGGAGUGACCAAAGCUUUAUUGUGCCUGUUAAUGUUGGAAACUUCAUGCCUAACAACAAAAACUCACCCUGAAGAAGUAGUGGUUGUACUUUGCUGGACUGUCUUUGACCCUUAACCAAGACUUUCAGACAGAAAUCACCACUCUCUCUGUGGUGUAAUCUGAGCAUCUUUAAAUCUAUUUAUUUAUUUAUUGCCGAACCUCUUUCCUCCCCACCCUUUGCAAAGAGAACGCACAGAGCACAGAGAUGGGCAACGGACCAAAUCAUGAAAGAAAGACGCCUGUGGCAUGAUGUGUAUGGUCUACGCCAACAGAGUCUCUUUCAUCUAAAAAGAGAGAAGCUGCAUGAGAGAAUUUUGACCAAAAUGACAUUCACCAACAAAAGGCUGAAAAACACCAACUAAAGGCUGAAGAUGAAUAAAUGAAGAAAUGGUUAUGCUACAGAAUACGUUACUGGGAUGGCAUGAAGUGAAAACAGAAACAAUCAUAACACACCUACAACAGUUUCACACCAAAAAGGGACCAUGCACUAUACAAACUGAGUGAACUUCACUGCUAUUAAGCUCAUUUGUAAAGGAAAAGCACUGUGAGGUAGAUGGACAAUUUUUUCCUCGGCAGCCAAGAGCUGAUUGGGGGAUUAUUUAAUCAGAAGGAGGGUGCAUCCAUUGUGACUAGGCUGUGUGUGUGUGUGCGUGUGUGUGUGUGUGUGUGUGUGUGUGUGUGUGUGUGUGUGUGUGUGUUCGUUUGCGCCCUAUUAUAUGGCAACCUGUGUGUCUGUGUGUUGUUUUGUCAGCAGAAGAAGCCUCCCUUAUCUUAUUUUUAGUAAUGCCGCUUCAGUCGAGCUCUGAGGGUUCGGUCGAGUUUCCUCUCAAAGCGGGUCUGUCGCCAGCCUCUCUCCUCUGACCAACUGCCUUCACUGCUCCCACCUCCAUCCCUCUCUCCUCCUCUUCUACACCAGUUAAUCCACCCCUCCAUUCUCCUCCCAUCCUCAAAUCAAAUGCUCCAUCACUCUCUGAACCUGAGAAAAGUUGUAGAUAAUCCAGAGGACAUGAGAGCUCCUAGGGAAUCAUACCGGAUGCCGCAACACUCUACAACAUGUUGUUCAUAGGACAGAAAAUUAAACAUUCUCAGUAACUGACAAAGAAAUAUGAAAUUUAACUGAUAAUGCAUCCCUUCCCUCUCAUCCAGUAUUUUCAGAUCAACAUUGUGCAAAAUGCAAAACAAAUUACAAUGAAGUAAAACAUCCCAACCAGCAAAAGCAGGCACAAGGCAUAUUAUUACCUCACACCCAUAUACUGUAUCCCUCCUGCCUCAUCUGUCUUUCCUCUUACGCUCAGAGGGCUAAAAGCCUUCAGGUCUCGGUCCAUAGAGAGUUGAUCAAACAGGCAAUUAGCUUCAUGAUAGCUCUUAAUGGGCCGGAGAAGAAUGGACAACGGGAGGGAGGGAAGACAGCGGACAGGAUGAGUGGAGUUGUGGUGUUUGGCAGAUGGACAGCUGAUGUGGAGAGACGGGUGCUGAGAGGAAGGAGUAAAGAAAUGUACGAUGAAGGGAAGGAAAGAGAGGAUGCUGAUGCUGUCAUAGAGUCAGAUGGAAAAAUUGAGCAGUGUGACUAUUUUUCUAGGUUAAAAUGAUCAUUGCUUCAACUGAGCGUAUUCAGCAUUUACACAGUUUAAAUGUAAUGUCAAACAUCAAGGCAACAGCAGGGCAUGGCUUUUCUAGAAAGAAAGGACUCAAAGCUGUUUUAAAAUAAAAAACACACUGUAUGUUGUACACAUGGGUACACAUACUGUAUGUGUUAAUGUUUGAAUGCAUAUGAGCUUUUCUGUGUGUGUGUGUGUGGGUGAAAGUGUCAGGAUGUGUCACCUAAGCACAGACACACACACUGACCUGAUUUGUUAAAUGUUACUUUGCUAUAUUUUUAUAUGUAAAUAUGGGCUAUGAACUGUACAACUAUUUUUAUUCUGCUUCAUUUCGUUUCUAUGAGAUUGAUCUUAUUACAGCUGUUUUCCUUAUUUUUUUGUCCACUUGUGAUCAACUCAGGGACUUUUGGGGCAACUUAGGAAACUCUGAACAAGGAUUUAGGAAUGCAUGUUAGCACUGAUUACAGUAUCACGUCCCUCAGUAUAGUUCAAUAUUAUGGCUUGGUUUUGAACCUUUCUGAGCCCAAGCUAUGUCUUUAGCAUCAACUAACAAAAGCUACUGUUUUCAAUAUCAUUUAAUGUUCUUUCUGGGUCAAAAGAGAAUAAAACUAGGUCAAAACAUUUUUGCUGCAUGGAACAGCUUGAUACUCUUCAAAAGUAAGGCCUGAGCAUGCUUCAAACAAAGCCUAGGGGUGUAGAUCAUCUAACAGCAUCUGAAAACCUCUUUCUAAUGGAGUAACCUUCCGAAAAAAGAUAGUCCAACAAUUGCAUCAACCUUUUGAAACCAGACAGAGUAACUAUUUUUUCAUUGUAUAUGUUCAUUCAUGCAAAUAUGUGGAUGCUUUUAAGGAGAGGCUAUUCAAAAUAUCUCCAUGUGUAUGAUUCAUCCAAGCAAGACAACAAAGAGUUGCAAAAGUGGCAUCAUUCUUGAAAAACAGAUUAGGAGGGAGUGGGAAGCAGCAGGCUUUUUGUCCUGCCUCUGAGUGUAUGGGUAUAAACACUUGCCAUGUUGAAUGAACUAGUAUGUUUAAGCAUACUUAACGAGGCCUUACUGGCAGAGGAUAUUGUUGUUAAGUGUGAAUGUUACCCCAAAUGUCUCUGUGCUCAUCACUGGUUUCACUUUGAGACGGGUUGGCAACUGAGGAGAACAGGUUCAAAUAUGACUUUUUUUCCCCAACUUUUUCCAUCUUUACCUACAACAUUAAAAUGAUAAUAAUGAAUAUUAUUAUUAUUAUUAUAGGAAGUAUUGGAAACCAACAAUCACAGUCUAUGUAAUUCACACCUAUUAAUGCAAAUCACCUACUGUAGGGUAACAUUAUGUCCAAAUUAAAUUUGAAAACCUUUUUGGCUUUUCAUCCACACUUAAAUGAGCAUUUUCAACCACCCAAAUCAGAACAAAAUAUUGUUUUUAGACCAGUCUGGAGAAACUACAGUAAGCUUUUCCAAAAUGCUGAUGUAUGCUUGUCAUGGGAGCCAUUUAUGAUAAUCUACUGGCAAAAUCUGCAUGCAUGCUCUGUGAAUGACAAUCAAUGCUUCAAUAGGCAGCCAAAAAAAAAAACAAAAAACAACAACAAUGAAAAAAAAAAAAA